CUGAGGUGCACAGACAGAAACUACGAAUUGCUUCUGCUUUGAUUUCGAUUCGCGAGUUUUGUGAUGAUCCUCAAUCCUUGAAGACUUUGUUGCUGCCCAGCGAUCAUCUCGGGAUAAACCUAAUGCACGAGUUUCUGCUAGGCACUUGUGUGAAAAACAUCGAUUGGGUGCUGGAAGCAUUACCAAGUUUGCAGCCAAGGCAACAGGAGUCAUAUCUCUCCAUUGCCUACAUUUUCAUUAUUAAAAAUUUUGUAAAACUAAACGAAAAGAAAAAAUUAUCGGAAAUGUUUUCCCUACUUAUACCGUUCAUAAUGGGAUCCAGUAAUUCCACACGCAUUCUCGCUCAACUAAUCCUCCAUAAACUGGCUGUCAAGUGUACAGAAAACAGCACUCUUAUUCCCCUCGCAGAAGUCAUAAAAAACUCGGUAGAAGUUUCGUUGGGGAAUAAGCUUCAAGAGCUUCAAAGCGAUUCUCGAAUCAUGUUAGCAGACAUCUUGAUGGAGGAGAAUGAGAUCCAUGCAGCUUAUUUAUAUUUGUUGUAUAUAACACAUGUGCCCUUUGAUGAAGCCCACUGUUUUCUUUCUUAUAAUAAAUACAAAAAGGCCCGUAAGGUGUUCAAACUAAGAAAAGUACUAUCAUCCGGGAACUAUAUAAGUGGCCAGCCUUCUUAAUAAGGAAAUUGAUUUUGCAGCACUGAAGCGCAGCUGCGAAGGGUUUAGAUUUAAUUCUCUGGUUGUGGCCGACUAAUCACGGAGACUAGUUCUGGCAAUUUAAGGUAAGAAAUCAAGCAAGUUGAGUAAUAAAUUCCAACAAUGACAUUUUUAUAUACAUUUGAAUAUUUUUUCAGGCACUAGAGACAUGAAAUACCUAUUAACGUGAUGGAAGUGCUAGACUGCGUUGCCGAGAUGCCACAAUUCAACUUUCUUGUGAGAAUUUUGGUAGAAUUACUGCUUAUUUGGGAGAUUUUCAAACUAUUUUGUAGGAUUGAACUUAAAUACUUUUGUUUUAGCCUGCUGUAGAACAACAGCUAUUAUUUUACGUUAUUAAUUAUGCUUCAAAAAGCCACUAUCUUAAGUUACUUUUUUUCCUUAUAAAACGCGGGGAUAAAUACAAAAUCGAAUUAAAAUGUAUGCUAUCAUGAUUCAAGCUGCCUGUUUUUUUUUAUUAUUAUUUAAAAUAUAACAUUUUUAGCUGUAGUAAUGUUAAUAAAAGAAUACAUACCAU